CGCACCGCGAUGGAGGUGAAGUGGAACUGCUGUAAACUGAUGCUAAUACUGGCCCUCUGCUCAUCCGCGGUGGAGUGUCGGAGGCGCCUGAAGGUGGGCAGACGCCGGAAUCCCCAGGCGAGUCAUCUCAAUGUUCAGAACGAGCUCAAGUCCCUGUCGAUAAAACACAAACUGAAUGCCACCACAACAGCACCAGAGACAGCAUCAGCACCAGAGACAACAAAGGACCCUGGCUCGAGUGGAACUAGAUUGGGGAAUGCCUUCAACACGGAGUACUAUCUGCCAGUGACGAUUGGCACCCCGCCGCAGGAGUUCAUCCUGCUGAUCGAUACGGGCUCCUCGAAUCUCUGGGUACCCUCCAGCAAGUGUCCGGCCACGGUCAAGUCCUGCGUGAGCCACAACCAGUACGACUCCAAGUCCUCGAGCUCGUAUGUGGCCAAUGGCACGGCCUUCACGAUCGAAUACGCCUCGAAGUCGGAGGGCGGAGUGGCGCUCUCGGGCAUCCUGUCGCAGGACACGGUCACCAUAGCGGAGCUGGCCAUUCAGAGGCAGGUCUUUGCCGAGAUCACCGACGAGCCAGAGGCCACGUUUCUCUCCUCCCCCUUCGACGGGAUGUUCGGUCUGGGCUACGCGAGUAUCUCCAUCGGCGGGGUCACUCCGCCGUUCUACAACCUGGUGGCCCAAGGGCUGAUCAAGCACCCGGUCUUCUCCAUCUAUCUGAACAGGAACGGCACCAAUGCCACAGACGGCGGUGAGCUCGUUCUCGGCGGCAUUGAUGCGACACUCUUCAGCGGCUGCCUCACCUACGUCCCCGUCUCCCAGCAGGGAUACUGGCAGUUCGUGAUGACCAGUGCGGUGCUGGGCGGGAAGACCUUUUGCACCCACUGUCAGGCCAUACUCGAUGUGGGCACUUCCCUGCUGGUGGCUCCAACAGCCGCGAUCAAAAAGAUCAACCAGUUGUUGGCUGUGCUCAAUCCGAAGGACGCGAGCGGCGUUUUCCUGGUCAACUGCUCGACGAUAGCCAGCCUGCCGACGAUGGUUUUCACCAUUGCCCGAAAGGAGUUCCCCCUGCAGCCAUCCGACUAUAUUCUGCAGUACGGGGAGACGUGUGUCUCGAGCUUCACCAGCCUCGCGGGCAGUGACCUGUGGAUACUCGGCGAGGUCUUUAUGGGCGCCUACUACACGGUCUAUGACAUGGGCUACAAUCAAAUUGGACUGGCCACGGCUAUGCAUUGAAUGGGAAUUGAAUUGAUGCCAAAUGAAUCUUAGGCUAUCCAAGUGCUUGAAUUUGAGUUGGGAGAUGUCUAAAUGUACUCAAAUAUAUUCAU